CAAGAAAAGACUCAAAAAGUAUUGUACCAUCAGAAAAUGCAUGAUCAUAGGCAUUUGAAAGUCGACAAAAUAACUCAUCUUCUCCCUCUUCAACUAGUUGAAGAAGAAAGCCCAGAGAAAUCGAGAAAAUAUGGGGAUUUAUUUUACCUGGUUAAGUCUACGGAUGAGUUUCCGGCGAAGUUUCACUGAAUUUCGUUUUGGCCCGAACUAAGGCCAACACCUCCCUCUGAGAGAAGAGAUGUAUAUAAAUAGCUACCGUUUAAAGGCGCUCUGUAUGUUCAAAAUGAAGGGUUCAAUUCAGCAUCAGUUGCAGUCGCCCAGGCUUCCACUGCAUCAUCGUUCCAGCUUCAAAACUUCUCGUGCGCCUUCUCCUGUGAAAGAUGCGGGAAAGUUCCAGCCAGAGGAGGCCGCCAUUAAAGAUCUGAUCCCUGAAAAUAACACUCUAGCUAGCUUCUUACCAGAAACCCCAGACGUCAGCCCAGAAACCAGCAAAAUUGCAGGUCUACACAAGCAAGAGCGGCACAUCUCUAUUAACCACGAGAGCAAAGAAGAAGAGGAGGUAAAGGAUUCUGAGGAGAAACUCAAAGAAGAAGAUGAUGUAAAGGAUUCAGAAGAGAAGCUCGCUUUUGCUGCAUUUUGUCUUUACAGAAAAACUCAUGAUGGAGAGACAAUGAGUGAUUACAACACUGGUUUGGCCGUGGCACGCGAUGCCCUAGCUUAUGCUUUCUGGAUGAUGGCCCUGCUCCUGAUGUUCUUCCUUUUCAUCAAAAACCCUCAUCGCUCUCUCUCGAUCUGAGUCCUUUGGGCCAACUCCCACUUGAUGGUGGGAUUUUUCUCUCACAACGCAAAUAUGCUCGGGAUCUUCUUGAUCUUACUCAGAUGCUCGGUACCAAACCAAUUUCAACACCAAUAGUAAUGAAAAAUAAUAUUCAUGGGAAUUCUGAUCCAUUUCUUGAUCCAUCUCUUUACUAGAGCAUUGUUGGUGUACUCUAAUACAUUAUUAUAACAUGCCCAGACCUUUCGUAUAGUAUUAAUACAAUUUGUCAAUUUAUGAUGCUCUUACAAUUGCUCAUUUUCAAGCAGUUAAAAAAUUCUUCAUUAUCUCAGUGAUACACAAUCAUGUGGCAUAAGAAUCUUGUUAGCUAGU